AGGAAUCCUACUAGGAUCAGCUUUAGGAUCAGUACGCAAAGCAGUUCACUUCAACGAUUCGGCCUCUCACCAGACGUGAGCCUAGCUCGCUUUCGCUCAGAAUUGCUUGCAUUUAUUAAAAUGAAGAAGAAUUGGACUACCGAGCAAAGAGAAGAAGCCAGUAUGGACACUCCAUUAGAGUGGUGGACCCUCGAUACUAGCUUCCCUGUCCUUCACAAUUUCGCUGAGAAGAUGCUGAGUAUUCCAACGUCGUCUGCUGCUAGCGAGCGCCUGUGGAGUGUUCAUGGAUUUACACACAGCAAGCGCCGCAAUCGGCUCAAAGUCUCAACAGUAGAAAAGUUGUCGUUCAUCUACAUCAACAACGGCGAUGCACGGCCGACUCGGUCACCUCUGUAUAAAACAUCUCCGGCAACGCCUAAUGUUGCCUUCGACAGUGACAUCGACAGCGAUAGAGAUCCAGACAAUGAAGAUGAUGAUUAUUGCAUGUUCGAUUUGAGCGAGCGCGAGUUUGACUACCUUCUCGACGCGAUCGUUAGUGUCGACAUAUCUCAGUAACUGCAAGUCCGCCAAGAGGAAAUGGUGGAUAUGGUCGUGUGUACCGCGGUAUAGCACGCCAUGGCGUUCCUGUAACACUAACACUCACAAAUUUGCUGCUGACCAUGAUCUCAAUAAACUGAUGCGUUUUUCAUUUUGUGAAUACUU